CACACACACACACACGUCACACGCUGUACUCUGGACCAGACACACACACACACACACACACACACACUCAAACACACAAGGUCUCAGAACUAAAACAUGGAGUAAACCAACUUUGUUCCUCAGAAGAUUGAAAGACAGGGAGAGAAAGCUGUUUUCUGGUUGAACCUCGGGGACAUUACUGAAGUCGUAUUCGUCACUGUCGCCUGGGAGGCAGAUUUAAUUCAUCAAACGUCUGAUGAAUUCGCUUCACGGUUGGUGAAACCUACAUGUUGAGGCCUGACCGUCACAGCGGAGUCAGAGUAGUCGACACAGCUGGAGAUGAAUAAAGACGCUCUGCUCCCAGUGGUCCAGGCAGGAGACGGACGGACACUGUCCAGAGGAGAGUUUCUCUCCCUGCUGAGAACCUACAACUGUUUCCUGAAGGACCACACUCAGCUGCACCUCAGUUACUCUCAGGGGGCUGAUGGAGAGGUGGUGGUGGAGGGGUUCCUGAAUAUCUCCUGGGGGGUGCGCAGACCCAUCAGGCUGAAGAUACAGGACGACAAACAGAUGCUUCCCUUCGUGCCUCUGAUCUCACCCGACCCCAUCAGUCCCGUCAGCCCGCUCGGAAACAAGAGGGGUAUGACACGCUGGGGAGAAUAUGUCGACCUGCACCAGAUAGAUGAGAUGUCGGAGACGGGACAGGAAACAGUCGUCACCAGUCCUUUGCCAGGCCCCCCUGCUGUUUAUGAGACCACCACCCUGCGUCCUGUGAGGCAGAAGAACCCAGAGCUGGAGGCCGAGUCCAACCUGUUCCGCUGCAUGAGCGACGCCUCGCUGGUCAAGAGGAGGAGGGGCAGGGGGAAGUCGGCUGCACAGAGAGAAAAAGAGAGACAGCAUCGCUUCUCCAUCAACGGACACUUCUACAACUAUAAGACCUCCAUCUUCACUCCAUCCUUCGGCACACCAACUAAAGUUCGCAUCUCCAGCGCGAUGACCACAGACCAGGUCAUCGAGCAGCUACUGAACAAGUUCAAGAUAGAGAACGACCCUCAGGAGUUUGCUCUGUACUGUGUCCACCAGAGCGGAGAGAAGAGGAAGCUCAGUAACAGAGACCAGCCCCUGUGGGAGCGCAUACUGCAGGGGCCCUCCGAUGACAUCAUGAAGAUCUUUAUGAUGGAUAUGGACGAACAGGAAGUCAGCAACGAUGUCGCUCUGUAUCUGAACCUGGAGCUUCCGAUCCUGGAGCAGGUUCUUCUGGAGCUCAGAGAGGAGGAGAGCAAGGAGAUACAGAGGGUCAUCAACAAGUUCCACAAGCAGCACAAACUCUUGUCCCAUAUGCUGGGCAGCAAGAUGUCGCCUCAUAUUGAGACGAGCGUCUGACAACUGACGAUCUGAAUUCCGACAGAAGACCCAUCGCUCGACGUUUAACGAGAAGCCGAGAAGAACUUCGACCAUGACGAGGUCAAAGUUUCAUGUCUGGAUGAGAUUCUGAAGAAUCACAUGAAAUGCUGAUUUCAUUGAAAGAAGAAUACAUGGUACAUUUUUUUAUUCACCGUAUGAUUUUAUUUUUUAAAAGAAGAAGAAUCUUUUGUAAAUAAUUGUAAAUAAACUUUGUGAUUUCAUGAAUAAAUAUAAGUUGU